AUGGGGGCUCAAGUUGCAGUGGUUCCUCUAGCCAGAGCCGAUAUUGCAACACCAAGAGCUGCGUCGGUAGUUAAUGGUGCCUGGUCAUCUUGGGGAUCUUGGUCAAAAUGUAGCAAGUCAUGCGGAACAGGGAAGCAAACUAGGUCAAGGUCAUGUACCAAUCCUAAACCUAGUAAUGGCGGGAAAUCCUGUAGCGGUUUGUCCGUGGACGGACGUUACUGUAACACAAAGACAUGCCCAGUAAAUGGUAAAUGGACAUCGUGGUCAUCAUGGUCGAGUUGCUCUGUGUCAUGUAAAACAAGCUAUUUAAGCAUCGGAGUCAGGACAAGAAAAAGAAGUUGUACAAAUCCUGCACCCAAAUAUGGAGGCAAAUCCUGUUCAGGGAGCUCCAAAAUAACCUCCACCUGUAUCCCUUCCAAGUUCUGUGCAGUUAAUGGAGGAUGGAGCAGCUGGAGCUCCUACAGCGCAUGCUCAGUGACCUGUGGUUACGGAAAGAUGACGAGGCGUAGAUACUGUAACAAUCCCAAGCCUGCUAAUGGUGGCAAAGACUGUGUGGGAAGCUCCGGGUUCACUGUUGUCUGCAAAAAUGUGAACUGUCCAGUAAAUGGUGGUUUUAGUGCAUGGUCUGCUUGGACUCCAUGUUCUAAGAAAUGCGGGGGUGGAUCUCGUACCCGUGGUAGGCUGUGUAACAACCCGGCCCCAAAAGACGGUGGUAAAAAAUGUGUGGGGUCCUACUUGCAAACUCAAACUUGCAAUUCCCAAGGCUGCAUCGUAAACGGUGCCUGGUCUUCAUGGGGAUCUUGGGCAUCUUGUAGCAAAACGUGCGGAACUGGAAAACAAUCUAGGUCAAGGUCAUGUACCAACCCUAAACCCAGUAAUGGUGGGAAAACGUGUAGCGGUUUGUCCGUGGACGGGCGUUAUUGUAACACCAAGGCAUGCCCAGUGACAGUGCCACUGCAAGGAGCUCCCGACAACAGAGGUACGGAAUUUAUCAUUGGCUUUAUGCAAAACAUCAACCUCAACAUGAAAGUAGAGCUUUUUAUAACCACAAGCUCCAGUAAAAAGGUCAGCGUUAGUGUCCAGUCCCCCAAAUCUACAAAGCCCUACAUCCGGUCAAGCUUCACCAUCUCUAAGGGUCAAGUCAAACAACUCUUCCUUGACCAGAAAAUCAGAAUGGACGGUUCAGCUAAGGGAACCAAAGGUAUUCUAAUCCGAGCUACGGAUGAGGUCGUCGUUUAUGGAAUCAAUAAGGAACUGUACUCCUGUGACGGAUUUGUCGCCCUUCCCACUGACGUCAUUUCAAAUGACUACUACCUAGUUUCCUGGUACCCAUCUACCUACCAAUCACAACUUCUGGUGGUCGGAGCACAUGACGGAACUUCAGUGAGUGUGAACUUCGGCAGCAGUCUCGGGUCGAAAUAUGUAUCCUAUGGUGGCAAAAAAUAUUAUAAGGGAAACACUGUCUCAGAGAAACUAGAUAAAUAUAGCACGUGGCAGCUCACGACCGCAAAAGGUGAUUUCACCGGUACACGGGUGGUGGCAAACAAACCGGUGGCCGUGUUCUCAGGAAACCGUAAAACAAACAUCGGUACCGGUACAUCUUCCGACCAUCUGGUGGAACAGAUGAUACCGGUCAAUACUUGGGGUAAGGAGUUUGCCACAGUACCUAUUCCCAAACGAACCGUCGGAGACUACUUCAAAUUCAUCGGAAGUGAGAGCGGAACAACAGUCACCAUUUCCGGUGGAUACAAGUCGUCUUUCACUCUUACAGCUGGUCAGGUGGUUCAGAAAAAGAUUCCAUCCACCGCGUAUUGUUUUGUCAAGUCGACGAAGCCCAUCAUGGUAGUCCAGUUCGUCCAGUCACAGCAGAAAUCAUCAGAGCUGUCUGACCCCGCCAUGAUGAUUAUCCCUCCCAUCGAACAAUAUGGCGCUGAUUACACUUUCGCUACACCAAAAUACUCGCUCGGUUCUUAUAAUAACUACUUCAUGUUCAUUGCCAAGAGCUCAGAGGUCAAAGGACUUCGUUUGGAUGGAAAAGCCUUCCCAUCAUCUACAAAGUAUAAUAAAAUCGCGGGCACGGAUCUAGUGGGAGGUUAUGUGCCUGUUUCUCAGGGAUCACAUACGGUUAUGCACACGUCCCCCAUCUCCAUUUUUGGAGGGUACCUAUACGGACAGGCUAGAUACGAGACCUAUGGAUUUAGUACUGGGAUGAGAAUGGGAAAAGUUAACGCUCCAUGCACGCCCACCAAAUCUGUAGACGGUGAUGGUAUUGAUAACGAUUGUGACGGCAAGAUAGACGAGGAAAUCUGUACAACAGAAAACAAAAAUAAAGAUGACGAUCGUGACGGAAAAGUAAAUGAAGAUUGUGCCAAACCACUGCCAAUUAAUGGUAAUUGGGCUGCUUGGUCGUCGUGGUCGAGCUGUUCUGUGGCAUGUAAGACAAGUUCUUCUAGCAAAGGAACCAGAACUCGAACAAGAACUUGUUCAAAUCCCGCACCAAAAUAUGGCGGAACAUCCUGUUCCGGAAGCUCUAAAUCAACUUCUACAUGCUAUCCUACAAAAUACUGUGCUGUUAAUGGAGGAUGGAGCAAGUGGAGCUCUUACAGCGCAUGCUCAGUGACCUGUGGUUAUGGUAAGAUGACAAGGCGACGAUACUGUAACAACCCCGCCCCAACAAACGGCGGGAAAGACUGUGAUGGUAGCUCAGGGUUCACUGUCGUCUGCAAAAAUGUCAACUGCCCAGUUGAUGGUGGCUUCAGCAAGUGGUCGUCUUGGUCUCCCUGUUCCAAGAAUUGUGGUGGAGGAACUCGUGCUAGAGGCAGGUUGUGUAACAAUCCGGUUCCAAAAGACGGUGGCAAGAAAUGUGUUGGAUCCUACACACAAACUCAGACUUGCAAUUCCCAAGGCUGUGCUGUAAACGGUAACUGGGGCAAGUGGGGUGCAUGGACAUCGUGCUCAAAUCCCUGUGGCACCGGCAAACAAACCCGCAAACGGUUGUGUAACAACCCCGCCGCAAAGAACGGAGGAAAGGACUGCGUAGGAGUAGACACAGACGGGAGAUACUGUAACACACAGGCCUGUCCAGUACAUGGAAACUGGGGAACAUGGGGUAAAUGGACAAAAUGCUCCAAGGAAUGCGGAACAGGCAAGCAGACAAGAGCAAGGACGUGUUCCAAUCCGGCGCCUAAACAUGGCGGGAAAGACUGCGCUGGAUUGGAUCUUGACGGUCGCUACUGCAACACACAGAAAUGUGCCGUGGAUGGAGGCUGGACUGACUGGACACCUUACAGUGGCUGCUCAGUGACCUGUGGUUUCGGAAAGAUGACCAAGCGCAGAUCUUGUACCAACCCAGCUCCUGCUCAUGGCGGCAAAGACUGUGUAGGCAGCUCAGGGUACACCAUAACCUGUAAAAAUAUCAAUUGUCCGGUCGACGGUGGUUUCAGUAAGUGGAGUUUUUGGACGCCAUGUUCUGCCUCUUGUGGUGGUGGAUCACGAGCCAGAGGAAGACUCUGUAACAGCCCCAAGCCGCAAUACAACGGGAAGAAUUGUACCGGAGAUUACAUCCAGCGAGACAAAUGUAACGCACAGGAAUGUCCAAUUGAUGGAGAUUAUUCUGACUGGAGUAAAUGGGACACUUGUUCAGUAACAUGCGGUGGAGGAACCAAACAGAGAACACGCACCUGCACCAACCCUGCCCCUAAAUUUGGCGGGAAGGACUGCACGGCAGCUGCCUCACAGACUACAACCUGUAACAAACAGGAAUGUCCCAUUGAUGGCAAAUUCGGCGAUUGGUCGGAUUGGGGAACUUGUACAGUCACAUGUGGAGGAGGUGAACAGAAACGCAGCCGAAAAUGUACAAAUCCAGCGCCUCAGUUCGGCGGAAAACCAUGUACAGGGGAGACAACCGAGGCUAGAGACUGCAAUACACUAAACUGUCCAAUUGAUGGGGGUAUGACUGAAUGGACCCAGUUUGACACCUGUUCUGUUACCUGUGGUGGUGGAUCACAGAGUAGAACUCGCUCCUGUACCAAACCCACCCCUCAGUUUGGUGGUAAAGACUGUUCUGGUGACCUGAACCAUGCCCAGGAUUGUAAUGACCACCCCUGCCCAAUUGACGGUGGCUACACUGCUUGGACUGACUGGGAGAAAUGCUCUCUUACCUGUGGUGGUGGACUGCAGAAGCGAACUCGUACAUGUACUAACCCCGCCCCUCAACAUGGUGGGGCUUCCUGUUCCGGCGCAGAUUCUGAGAUUCAAGACUGCAACACACAAAAUUGUCCAAUUGACGGAGGCCUUACAGAUUGGGGAAAAUGGGGCACCUGCAGCGUGUCCUGUGGUGGCGGAUCUCAGGAAAGAACACGCACGUGUACAAACCCCGAGCCUCGAUAUGGUGGCGCAGAUUGUACCGGGGACCUGAAGGAAAGCCAGGAUUGCAAUACUCAGAACUGUCCAAUUGACGGCGGGUACAGCGUUUGGAGUAAAUGGGACACGUGUUCAGUAACAUGCGGAGGUGGAUCCCAAAGUCGAUCACGUACCUGCACAAACCCCGCCCCACAAUAUGGCGGAAAGUCUUGUAGUGGGGACCCAAAACAAAAUAGAGAUUGCAACACCCAAGAAUGUCCCAUUGAUGGCGGUUACUCUAAGUGGGCAGACUGGACCCCAUGUUCUCAAACAUGCGGGGGUGGAUCACAAGAGCGUGAAAGGACAUGUACUAACCCUGCUCCCCAAUAUGGUGGGAAGGCUUGUAGCGGAGUAGCUGAUGAAAUUCAGGAUUGUAACACUCACAAAUGCCCAAUUGAUGGAGGAUACACUAAAUGGUCAGACUGGGAGCCUUGCUCAGUCAGCUGUGGAGGUGGUUCUCAGAGCAGGACAAGAUCAUGUUCCAAGCCCAGUCCCCAGUACGGCGGGGCCCCUUGUGUUGGUGACAACAAAGAGUCACAACACUGUAACACACAAUUCUGUCCAAUUGAUGGAGGUUACACUGAUUGGUCUAAAUGGGACACGUGUUCUGUGACAUGUGGUGGAGGCACACAGAAGCGAACUCGUUCUUGCACCAACCCAGCCCCACAAUACGGCGGCGCAGCUUGUUCCGGUGACAACGAGGAAAAUCAGGACUGCAACACUCAAGCUUGUCCAAUUGAUGGAGGUUUCACUGAUUGGUCAGCCUGGGACACGUGCUCUGUCACUUGUGGCGGAGGAAGUCAAGGUAGAACUAGAACUUGCACUAAUCCGGCUCCACAAUAUGGCGGCGCUGACUGUUCCGGUGACAGAAAGGAAUCUCAGGCAUGCAAUGAACAGAACUGCCCAAUUGAUGGUGGUCACACUGAUUGGUCGGCUUGGGACACGUGUUCUGUCACAUGUGGUGGAGGAAGUCAGGGUCGAACAAGAACGUGCACAAACCCGGCACCAGAAUAUGGCGGAGCAGAUUGUACGGGACCUUCUUCUCAGACAGAUGACUGCAACACCCAUCACUGUCCAAGUACGCUCAGUUCUUUAUGA